AUGGCCGAGCUUCCCAAAAGCAGGGCGCGAUCCCCGACUCUGCCUCCUCCGGCCCCCGCCAUUUUCUACGGCUCUGUGGAUCCAAGAAACCCAGUGGUUCACCGGUUCGAGUCCGACCUGAGCGAUUGCCUGGGCUUCCUCAAGCGGAAACGGGAAGCGGGGGCCGCGAGCUCCAAGGACCAAGAGCUGCACAGGCGAGGAACCACUUCUUUGUUCAAUAUCUGGAACAACUAUAGGUCUCGACUCCCAGAUUGGUAUUACAAUGAAACACUUGUAAAAAUUGGUGAUCAGCUUAUGGAAAUGAAAGAACAUAAGCUAGCAUUUUUGUAUUGCUAUGAGCAGUAUCUUCAACAAAUUAGUGGUAUAAAUAUAAACAAAUACGGAUUAGAUGCACAUCAAUUAAAGUCAAAUUUUUUCCCAAAUGGAUUUAGAGAUCAAAGUGCUACACGUACACUCCAUGUUCUGCAAGCAAGGAAUAUUUGUCUUUAUAAAAUAGUAUGUGAUAAAGACAGUAACCUCCUAAAUCAAGACUCUGUGAAAACAUGUUUUGGCAUCUUAACCAUACUGCAACUCAUCAUGCAGAUGACUUUGCCCCAUGAACAUUUAUGUUGGAUCGUCUACAAUGGUACAGUUCAUAUGUAUACCAUAUGUAGGCACUUGAUGACUAUAGGCCAAUCAGCUAAGGUGCUGGAAUAUUUAUUGUGGGCAUCAUUAUGUAUGGAAUCAUCAAUUCCACUUUUAGCUGUACACUAUUUGACAUGGAGAUCCACUCUGUAUGCUGCUGUCUGUCAGUGUUAUUAUGAUUGCCAAUCAGGUAUUCAUGGAGAGGUGUUUGCACGGCGUGGUUUGAUUAAAAUUGAUGAACUAAAGCAAAUGGAGUUUAUGAGUUCAUCACCUCUGAGCACAGAAACAAAGAAAAAAUUCAAAGAAGCAACUGUGAAGAUGGCAGCAAUGAUUUUUAAAAGAACAGUAUUUGAACCAAGAAGGCGACCAAAAGGAGUUCUGAGACCAAGAAUAAAAGCUAAUCUGAAAGAAGCACAGCAUUUGCCUUGGCCUCGUACCAUCACAGAACGGUUGCUGAUGGAAAUAUUUGAUUGCAAUUCAUCGAUUUUUUUUUCCAUUAUGGAAGCUCUCUUUGAUAAAAACAGACGGACCCUUAUUCCUGGACCUUCUGUUCCCGAUGAAAUAGAAGUGCGUGAUAUUAUUGCGGAACUCUGUUUUGCAGGCGCAGAUAUUCUUGAUGGUGGUGGCAUCAAUGUUUCAAUUAAUACUUCUGAAGUUUCUUCAAUAAUAACUACUUCAUCACUUAUGCAGCAGAUAUUAGCAGGGAAAAAUGGUAUUUCCGCAGAUGCUGCAUUAAGAUUUAUUAAGAUAGUCUUCAGUUAUGAGGAAUGGGAUUCAUUUGAUCAUGCAAUUGUAGUGUUUUUUUCAUUUCUUCAGAAUCAAAGCAAUCCAGUAUGGAAGAAAGCAAAAGCAGAAGUCAAACUACUACUUGUAAUGCAGAAUUUAUUGACCAUAAGAAAAGCAAGACAUGGUUUGUGUGUUCAAGGAGAUAAUAUCCGAGAAACAGCUGCUUUUCGUAGUCAAGGGAAAAAAUAUAUAGGGUUUCUAGAAGGAUCUGUACAACCACCAAAAAUUACUGAUGAUCUUUUUCUGCUGGCAAGGACUCUUUAUUCUUCUGUCUGUAAAUCUGAAGAGGUUCACCAGCCAUCCAGAGAAAUGAUAAUUGAUGCAACCAUGUUUCUGUGGCAAAAGUGUAAAGUAGGAAUUCAAAAGAUCCAGAUGAGUGGAAGUAACUUCUUAAAAUUCAUGCAUAAAUACCAAACACCAAAGUGGCUUCACAUUCUUUAUGUAGUUAAUGAAGUAAUUCACACCAUUAAUCUUGGAAUCACUAAUCCUGUAUUAAUAGCUGAAGUAUCGUUAAGGCUAACAUCAGUGAUGGAAAAUAUUGCAGAUUUCAAAUCUGGAGACAUGCCAGUUUUAGCAGAAGAUGAUUCUCUGUUUUCAGAAUACUACACCAGUAACAUUCCUUCAUUAUUACAGCAACCUCCCCGAGAACAAUUAUUUUUGGCUUAUGAGUAUAUUGACAGAGCAAUUAUAGCAAUUAAUCGAGCUCAUGUACUAACAGUUUUACCUGAUGGAACAUCAGUGUUUGAUAAUUAUUGUAAAAAGAUGACUACAGAAGAGCAGGUUGUGAAUAAAACUUUAUCAUCAGAUAAUGAGAGAUCACCAAUAGGGAACAAUUUUAUUAUGGAUCUGCACGUUGAACUUAUUCAGGCUCAGCACCGAAUAGCAAUUAAACUACUUAAUGCAACUCAAGACACUCAAAGUGGUGACAAAAGUCCAAAGGCCAAGGGUCUUGCAAGGAAUGUAAGCCAGUUAAAAUAUCUAACAGAAUUGGAGAUAAUGGAGAAAAUAAAAAAGAAUAAAUUGUCCAAAGCUCUCUACUUGAUGCAGAAAGCUACCCUGAUGCUUCCAGUAGGAUUAGAUUGUUCUUCUGCAAAUCAGCUUCUGAAAGAAGCAUUUAUUCUGAUUCAGAAAACUGAAAUGGAACAAAAUACACUAAAUGCCACUUUAUUAAAUCAUACAAAUAGCACGAAAAGCAAAGUUCCACCACCUCCAAUACUACUUUUUAGGACAAAUUGUUCCAUGGCAUUUAAGCCAGCACCAUUUUCUUCAGAUGUGAAGGUUUUUUGGUACAGCAUUUUUGGGUGUGUAGCAGAAGGAAGCAAUCCAAAAGCUCGGUUAAAUAAUUAUAGUCUCAAGAACACAGCAGAAGCGAUACCAGCUGAUGAAACUUGUGUCUUAGAAGUACAAGAUUUAGAGGCCAAUCAAAAUUAUGUAUUUGCAGUUGCAGCCUAUGAUUCAGAUGGAAAAAUCAUCGGUGAUAGCAUUGGAGAAACAACUAAACCAAUUCUUGCCUAUCCUCCUCUAUCUGUUGCUAUUGUCCGAACGUAUCUGAUUCAGUCUGCUUUUCAGAUUGAAAACUAUGCAUUAUGCAAAAAAACAUUUCAACCACUCUGGGAUUGUUUUGUCUCAGUGCCCUGUAUUCCUGUUACUGAUGUCACUAUAGUUUCUGUAAGCAGCACUUUGUCUGUACCGCAGAACAGGCUAAAUUCUGAAGCCCUGCUACAGGCAUCUCCAAACCUCUUAUAUAUGUUUCUGAGAAGUAUUUUUAUCAUGAGUGACAUUAGUGUCAAUGAAGGAUGUCUCUUCUGUGAUUCUAUUUGUUUCAAUGAGCUUAAGUAUAAAAGACAAGUUGCUAGAAUAGAUGAAUGUGGGCGAAUGCUGGUGGCAGUUGAACUUAGUAACUGGCUAAAUGAUGUUCACUAUGCCCUUCAGUCAGUUGUUAAUUGUUACGGCCUUGUAGCUCCCCUGAUCUAUCACAAGAUUCCCUCUAAACCUGUCAUUCAGAUCAUUAUUAAGUAUCUCAAGGUUCUUCAAGAAAUUCCGACUAUAAUAUUCCAAAGAAAAUCAACAGGCUGCUUUGAUAGUAUUCAGCACAUGAUUGCUUGUUCUUGCUAUUUUACAGCAAAGAUACUGCGCUUAUGGAAAGAAUAUGAAUUAGCAGUAGUCAUUAUUAACUAUGGAAAAAAGUUGUUGGAUUGCUCACAAACACCAUCCCAAGCAGCUAUAGCUGGAGAAGGAGCGGAUGAAAUACUAGAAGAGGAGAUUCCUUCUAAAAGGCUGAGAGCACAUAUGGGUGGAGUUGGAAAAGUAAAUGAGAAUUUAGAAGUUCUGGAAAACAUGCUUUUGAAAUUGAUAAAAGCAGGACAAGAUCUUACAGGAGAAGAAGAUCCUUUAUUCUUAUAUCCUGUAGUUACAAAUUGGCAACCAAAGUCUGCUUAUAGGGAAGUACUGAAAUUUAAGAAGAACUCUCGUUUCCUUGAAUAUUUUGUUAUGCUUGUAUUCAGAGCCCUAAAUGAGGAUAAAUUGUUGCGAAUACUGGAGUGGUCUGAUGAUGUUCAAGAAUAUCUUAAAAAGCGGAAUAGAUUCCUUCUUGGUAUCAAACAAAUUCCAAAAAAGAAGAAGAAAGUUCGUGGAUCUGCAGAAACAAAGAAGACCAUAACACAAGAAGUUUCAAAGGUUAUCGAGUUAACACCCAAGAAGAAAGGUUCCAAGAAGAAAGGUCUGGCUAAACAACCAGGCCAGGUCAAAACACCUGGUGGAAAACGGAAACAAAUAGAAGAAAAAAGAAAAAUUGCUUUUGAAAUCCUGAUAAUUAAGCUAAAUAUAUGUUCUGAUGUCUACAUAAGGCGAAGAAGAUUUCGUCGGUUAUAUAAUGAAGAAAUGCCAUGGCGAGCUCAGCUUAACAUUUACCUGGCAAUUGUUCACUUUAGUUUGUUUAAAAAACGCGCACAGGAACUCUGUAAUACUGAAAACUUUGUACAAAGUCCAGACAGUUAUCAUGAUCUCAACCCUGAAAUAUUCUCAUUCACCAAUUCAGGCACAAUCAUAAUAGCACCAGAGGAAGAAAUUACAGAUUUUAAACAUCUGUCUUUUAAAAGAACAUUUUCAGGAAAAAUCAGUAAAAAACCUGACACCCCUGACCCUACUUCCCCUGCCUUCGACAAUGGGCUUUCCUUGCCUGCUUCUAGCCCUACAUUACAAAGUAUUUCUCCAGACACUGUUUCCAGCUCAAGCAUACAUGACCACAAUAAUUGUCUCUCCCCUGAAAUUGAUGCCAUGAGCGAAUCCAGUGAAUUGACCCAACUCUCAGCUUCAGAACCCGUUUUUUCUCCUGAUCGUAGUUCUAAAUUGAGUGAUAGAGACACUCCUCGACUGACUCAAGGUUAUAUUCCUGUUAAAGAACGUGAAAAAGCAACUUGUUAUUCUGCUGUGCUGGAGCAUUUCACAAAAACAUUCCUAUAUUUUAGAAGAGCUGUGGUUGUUGCCCAUCGAGGUCGCCACUGGACAUUGCUUCAGAAUGCCUGCCGAGACCUUUGGAACUAUACUCGGGAAAUACAAAUUAUUAUUAAGCAUUCAGGAUCUUUUCAUGCACCCUUUCCUGUUAACAAGGAGAUUUUUCUUAAGACCAUUUGGUUACCAUACUAUUUAGCAUCAGAUACAUUGCUUGAUAUGAUAGUUGAGCUUCAAGAUAGCAAUUAUGUUAAGAUUAUUGAGCCCAAAGGAAAUUUUGGUGUUCCAAGCUGCAUAGGAGGCAUUGCUGUUGAUGAAGGUGGUUCCAGCCUUUCUUUUGAACAUCCCCUUGAUGAUGUGAAUAUUAUAGAUUUCCAAGAAAUACGCCAUUUCAUUCUGCAAACUCUUGAGUUUCUGUUUCGUUUGAAGAAAUGGGAAUCACUAGUUAACAUAGCUAUGCAAUUUAACACAGUUACACAUGAAAGAUAUAUGGAGCAAGUAACUCCUGUGUUGGUGUUUGCCCAGAGGCAGCUGCAGGAAAAAAAACUACUCUGUAUCACUCUAACCAGACCACUAUUUUCUGUUCCUCUGGAUCCGAUGGAUACGCUAAAAUGUUUUAGAGAAACUCUGGAAAAAUCAAAGAACCACAGUAGAGCCCUUAAAUACAGCAGGAAAUUGCUUUGUUUAUUUCUUGCUGAUGUGCGAGACUCUUCUGGAAGAUUAGAGAUAUAUGCAAACCAGAAGACUUCACGUGGAAAAGUGGGAUUUACUAUGGGAGCUGAGUUGACGUAUGAACCAGAACCACCUGAUCUUUCAGAAGAAAGUUUUACUUGCCUCAGUAUGGUUGAGAGCAACUCCAUUCCCCAGUCAAAAGUCUCAGUAGUGAUCUCUUCAUAUGAACAAACAAUUGAAGUUCUUCAAAGAAAUAAUCAGCAUGGUCUCAUGGUCCAGGCUUUUCAUGAACUUGGAAAUCUGCAUUUUUUCACAGGAAGCAAAAGAAUUGCUUUCAAAUGCUGGUGUCAGGGCCUUGAUGCAGUUCUCAAAAUGGAUGAUGCACUUCAUCAGUGGCAAGAAUUAGAUGACUCAUCAGAGAAAACCACUGGUAAUUUGUCAGAAACAUCUCAAGUUUAUUCUGAGAAGUUUAUUUCUCGGGCUGGAAUUUGGGGUUGCCUACAAGGAGCAACCUUAGCAGCUAAAAUAGCUCAGCAUUCAUUACAAUAUAACAUUAAACUAAGAACCAAAACCUGCAUUUUAUCUGCUAUACUCUUCAAGUCUUUGUUUAGAGCCUCACUACCACAUCCUAAAGCUGAUUGUGACUUUGCACAAUAUGAAACAGACAUAUUAAUUCCUGGCAUUGAUUUAUUUGUGGAUUACUAUAGAGCUGAUAUUGCAACAGUUAUUGCAAAUCUCAGUUUUGUUCUGCAUGAAUUGCAUUGCAGAAGGCAAAAUCUAAUAAUUUUGCCAUUGUUCACAUUAUAUCAGUACUUUGUGUCAGAAAUUUGUCGAAAUGAAAUUAAGUGUAUUGAAGGAAGGAUUCUAAAGAUAAAAGUUCUUACAGAUUUGGGAUUUUUCUCUGAUGCCUUUCAUGAACUUUGUAUUAUUAAUCGUGGCGAUAAAAUUCCUUGGAAAUUGCCUACUAUAUACAAACGUACUACAAAAGUUUGGAUCUGUCCAAAUUUUGAUUCAUCACAAACCCUCUUGACAAGUGGAAAUCUACAGGUAUUGGAAGAAGUAUUUAACAGGCCUAUACAUUCAUCAUGGACUGUAGCAUGUGAACCAAAAAUCAUGGAUAAUUUUAUGUUAGCUAAAAUGCAUUUUAUUAUUAGUGUAUCUGCAACAUUAUGUUGUAUUCCUGAAAAAGUAAUAAAGACAGCAUAUUCUACUGACUCUGAAGCAUUAAGAAGGUCAGGAAGAAAUACUGAUGCAUUCAUGAAAGGGUAUAUAUUACCUCCAGCAUUUACAAGUGGAAAACGAGAAUCUGUCAUGAUUGUAGAACUUGAAAAGAACAGAGACACAUUAAAUGCUUCUAUUCUGAAGGGAAUUUUAUUGGCAGAAGCUGAAGAAAGAAUUAAUUUAAUUCUUGAAACCAUACAGAAUAAGUAUGGUGCACUGAUAUAUAAAUGUUCAGCCAUAGAACUGGAAAUUGUCAUUGAAGCUAAACUUCAGCUUGCAGCUAUUGCUCAACAGAGACUCCAAACAGCUUUCAGUGCUGCACUGUUUUUUUCUGCAAUAAAACUUCUUCAAGAUGCAGAGGUUUUCACAGAUACAUCUAAUUCUCAAAAAGAUGCAGAGAGAACAGAUAAGGUAUAUUUCAGUUGGAUUUCUACUGAGGAUUCCAAUCUAAUUCACAAUAUAACUGCACGAGAACAUUUGAAUAUACACAUAUGGCUAAAAUGUCGUUUGGCAUUAGUGAUUGCAAUUACAGCACAGGCAAGAGGCAUUGAAAUAAUGAAAGAAAAUGAAUUAACAGAGUGUUCUAGUCUGAUUAAUGAAUUACAAAUGGAAGCUGAAGCAUUCAAUGAUGUUGAGACUCUCGCUGAAAGUACCAUGCAAGCUGUUAUACUUGGCCUUCAAGAAAGACUACCAGUGGCUGAUAUCAAGCUUCAUUUACAGAAUGUAAUCAAAUUGCUUGAAGAAAAAACACUGAUUUCUCCACCGGCUAAUUUAAUAUUAGUACAGAGUAUGCUUCUGCUAGCUGAUAUAAUGAGAACAGAAACAGAAGAUGGUUCAGAAUCAUCUAAAACUGACCAGUUAAAUGUAUUAGUUCAGGCACACGCACUAGUAAUUAAACAGCUGUUUAUUUUGGGGCAAUCACUUGAACAACAUAGACAAGAUCCUACUUUAACAACUCUAAAAAUGCCUAUGAUGAACAUAUAUCUCCCACAUAUCGCAUUACUGGCAAAAGUCAAAAUGAGAAUUGGGCAUACUUUAACUUUAGAAUUGUCAUGUAAAUCCAAACCUCAGAGUGAGUUGCAGUGGGUAAAAGCCCUACAAUACACAGAAACAGCACUAAAACUUUCUGUAGCAUCAGUAAAAGAAGAUUUAGAUCUAGAAGCUGAACUUCUUUUUCGAAAAGGAAGAAUAGAACGACAACUUGAUUCAUUAGGUCUUAAUAAAUCAGAAUUAGCUGUUGACAGCUUGUUGGAUGCCAUAAAUUUAAGCCUGCUGAGUUACCAGCACUAUGGAUUAAUAAGAAGAUCAUACAUGGAGAUAGCACUGCUUUACUUUUAUUUAUGUACAAACAAGGAAGAGUCUCCUACUUCAGGUACUGUGAAAGGAAGAACAUUUAAGCAGAGGCCUCUUAACAGACAUCCAAGUACUUCUGCAGAUAUUACUGUUCUUGAAAUGUACAGAGUACAAGCCUGGAUUGCUGUAAGAAGUGCUGCACAGGUCAGUGAAGCAAUUCUGACCUCUCAGCAAUUAACUGGCAGAAAGGCUGUUAAAUUGUAUCACAUGAGACAAAGAAUACAACAAAAUAUGCCUGAAUUUGCUCUUCUGGAUCUCAGUUCUUCUUACAAAGAUUUUUUGUCUGGAAAAUAUGAAGUUACUUAUAAAAUUCCCGUGGUGUGUUCUGUACAAGAGACAAAAUCAGAAAGUAAUGGAGUUGAAAGAGUCGCUUCUAAAGAAAGCCAGGGCAGACUGGAAAUACCUUGGCUUCAUGUACUACGCUACCAUACAUACUUAACCAGGUUUUUGAACCUGACUCCGCUGGCUGCUGUCCCAAAAGCAGGAAAAGGCUUAUUUGCUAAAGAAGAUGUGCUGUACACCUCAGUGUUUGACACAACAAUUGCCCUGCGCUUGGCAAGACUUCAUUCUUUUUUAAAAAGCCAUUUGCCCAUUUAUUCUGGCUGCUGUCUUCAAGAGCCUCCAAAACAGCUGUAUGGUUUGGAGAAGCCUUUCUUUAGCAUGACUGCAAUUGGAAAGGGAACUCUAGGAUCAAGUGGAAUUUCACAGAGAACGCCAUCUAUGAAAAUGAUUUCCAGUACUUUUACUUCUGAGAUAGACAUGCAUUCAGACAACAAAGCAACCUGUUCUCCCAUGAAGGAACUUUGUGUGCAGUGGUACCUUCCAUCUUUGGAAAAAUCAGCAAAUGAAGAAGAGACUAUGGUUUUGUUCAUUUUUGCUUAUAAUAUAAAACCUAUCAAAAUUAUCAACAUCAAUUCUUUCAAUUCAGCUUACAUAAACUGUGGUUAUUUGUGGAUUCCACUAAACAGAGUUAUUGCUCUACGUGAAAAAUUGGCUGAUUUGAAGCAACAACUUGAAAUGUUAAUACAGUCACAGAUGACUGAACAGACUGAACAGAUUGAAAUACAGAAAGGUUUACCUCCCAAAGGACUUGGAACUCAUACAGCAAAGGUGCUAUUGGACAAAAACACCAAGGAAAUGGUUAAAGUGUGCUUUUCUGAAAUAAAAGCCUUGUUGUCCAUUACCACAGAUCACUCUUCACCGCUUAAAGAGAUCCCAUUUGAGAUCACUCUACCAUCAAUAAAAAAUUUAAGCAAAUUGUUCGAUCCAGCAAAUGGAUGUGUAAUAAUGGCAGGAAACGUUUUCAGCUGGAUAGUAUCUCUGCUUGCUUGA